AUGGAUUACGCGCGCGUGUUCGGUCAGGCCCCGAGCGCGAGCGCGCAGGAGUGGAAUGGACCGAGGUCUUUUGAUAGCGCGUCCUCGUCGCCGUCGUCGAUGCGGGUGCAGAAGGGAACGAGCUGGAGCUCGGGCGGAGACGCGAGUUGGAGGCCGCACGCCAAUCUGUACGUGAAGAACAUCUCGGAGCGGAUCGAUGAGAUGACGCUGCGGACGAUGUUCGAGGCGUGCGGUGAGGUGGUUUCGUGCUGCGUCAUUCGAGACGUGGCGACGAACAGGAGCCGCGGGUUCGGGUUCGUGAAAUUCGCUAGCACGUCUCGCGCCGAAGACGCAAUCGAGCGCUUCAACGGCAGAGAGUGCGCGGGGAAGAUUCUUGAGGUCAAGUUCGCGAACACGGACGGGGAAUCAGAUAAAGGGGACUCGCACGGGACCGCGCCGCCGAGUGAUAACGUCUACGUCAAGGGUUUGCCGCCAGCAUGGACGCAGGACAACUUGAAGAAGUACUUCUCCAAGUUUGGACAUAUCGUGGAGUGUCGUUUACUGCACGCGAACAAAAGCACAUCAAGCGGGGCUUUGAUUCGCUUUUUGCGCGAAUCUGAGGCUACGGCGGCAGUAAAAGCGACGAAUGGAAACGUGAUCGCUCCAGGCGGACCUCCUCUCGUCGUUCGCUAUGCGGAUGCGCAAGGGAAGAACACCAAGAGAGGAGGCCAAAGCCCACCAAACGGGCGGAUCGAUGACUCCGCGCACGACGGCACCGCUUUGUCCGCUAUGCUCUCUGAGAGCUUCCAACGAGUCUCGUCGAACAAUGGAUUGAGCGAGCUCAUGCUCGGAUUGCCUGGUUCGGAGGAAGACGCCGCCGCAAUUGCUGCCCUUGGAACGUCGCCGACAUUUACCGAGUUGGAGGGAGCCAUCAUGUGCAUCUCGAAUUUGCCUCCCCUGGCUGAUGAGUUAUUCUUAUAUAAAUCGUUUGCACCGUUUGGGGCGAUCGUAUCUACUCAAAUAAUUCAUAACGUCAUGAGCGGCGUCAGCACGGCUGUCAUCAGUUUCCGGAAGUUCAGCGACGCUAUGAACGCUCGCCACGUUCUCCAAAUCGGCGGGAGCACGUUGAGCAUGACUGUUCAACGGCAAAGGCUAUGA